AUGGGCUUCAACCUCUGCAUAACCCUUGUGUUCUUCUCCAUGCUGAUCACCUACCAUAGCCAAACCGGAACUGAAGCUGCUCUAACUUACUUCGACCAUUUCUGCCCCAACACAACUACAUCCACCGCCAACAGCACCUAUCGAUCCAACCUCAAUCACCUCUUCGCUUACCUUUCCUCCAACGCCACCAGCAACUUGGAAUUCUACAACGCCUCCGCCGGAAACUCCAUCGACAUGGCCUACGGCCUCUUCCUGUGCCGUGGCGACCUCCUUGCCGGAGCGUGUCGAGACUGUGUUGCCGGGGCAAUCGAAGACGUAGUCGUCCGCUGCCCCGACGAGAAAGUGGUUGUGGCUUGGUACGAUGAGUGCAUGUUACACUACUCUAACCGGUAUAUCUUCUCCACCAUGGUCCCCGACCCUACCUCUUACCUGUCGAGCACACAGAGUGUUUCGGAGGUGAAUCGGUUUGACGAGCUAGUGAGGGCGACAAUGAAUGAUUUGGCAACCGGCGUUUCAAAUGUUGUGUCUGGAGCCAAGAAGUUUGGGACGAAAGAAGCGAAAUUCACGGCGUCACAAACGCUGUACACCCUCGUGCAGUGCACGCCGGACCUGUCGGGUUACGAUUGCAGUAGAUGUCUUGAGAUAGCAAUGACAUAUUUGCCGGGUUGCUGUAGUGGAAAGAAAUGGGUCAUAGUUCUAUUUCCGAGUUGCAUUCUUAGGUAUGAUGUGUACCCAUUUUACUUGACGGUAAACACAUCGGCGCCAAUGCCAAAUCCAGAACUUGCUCCUCCACUUCCUAGGCAUGGAAAAGGUCAAAUCUCAUUGGUGGCAAUUGUUGCCAUUAUUGCUGCAAUUUCUGUGUGUUCGAUGCUAUUCGUUGUGGGCUGCUUCCUUACCAGGAGAGCAAGAAAGAAGGACAAUGCCAUACAGGAAGGUGCUGUUCUUUUGCAGCUGCUAAUGAUAUUACAAUUUGAUUUUGCUACAAUUGAAGCUGCCACCAACAACUUUUCAAAUGAUAACAAGCUAGGUGAGGGUGGAUUUGGUGCAGUUUACAAGGGAAUACUUUUUAAUAGACAAAAAAUAACUGUAAAGAGGUUAUCAAAAAGUUCUGGACAAGGAGCAGGAGAAUUUAAAAAUGAGGUUGUAGUAGUUGCUAAACUUCAACACAGAAAUCUUGUAAGGCUGUUGGGAUUUUGCUUGGAACGAGAAGAAAAGAUACUUGUCUAUGAAUUUGUGCAAAACAAAAGUCUCGACUACUUUCUAUAUGACAUUGAAAGACAAAGACAAUUGGAUUGGUCAACACGUUACAAAAUCAUGGAAGGGAUUGCUCGAGGAAUUCUUUAUCUUCACCAAGAUUCUCGGCUUAGAAUUAUACAUCGUGACCUUAAAGUUAGUAAUGUUUUGUUAGAUGAGGAUAUGAAUCCAAAAGUUUCAGACUUUGGCAUGGCAAAGAUUUUUGGAGUUGAUCAAACUCGGGGAAACACUCGUAGGAUUGCUGGCACGUUUGGUUACAUUUCUCCAGAGUAUGCCAUGCAUGGACAAUUUUCUGUAAAGUCAGAUAUAUAUAGUUUUGGUGUCCUAAUUCUUGAGAUUAUAAGUGGAAAGAAGAUUAGUUCUUUCAAUCAAUCAGAUGGUACUACUAGACACCUUUUGAGCUAUGCUUGGAAACUUUGGAGAGAUGGAACGCCUUUGGAUUUGAUGGAUCCAACAUUGGGAGACUCUUACUCGAUAAGUGAAGUCAUUAGAUGUCUCCAUAUUGGCUUACUAUGUGUACAGAAUGAUCCAGUUGAUAGGCCAACCACAGCAUCCAUAGUUCUUAUGCUAAACAGUUACUCAGUUCCUCUGCUGUCACCUCAGCAACCGGCAUAUUUCUUUAGUAGUGGUACAGAGCAAAACAUGCAAUUAAGGGAGCCAGGCUUAGAUCAAUCUGGAAGCAAAUCAUUGCAUUGGUCAGUCGAUGAAGCAUCUAUCAGUCGAUGA